AUUUCCACCUGAACUCUUCCGCAGUUUCCUGCCGCUCUCGGGCUGUGACGUGUCGCGCUGACGGCGGCCUCGGAGCUGGAGAAGCGGGGUGCUGUAGCAUGACAAGAUCUCUGGCUCCACACGUCCAGCUUCGUUUUUCAGCGGUGUGCUUCAGAAACAACCCCUAACCCCUCCUUCUCAGCUCAUUUCUGGCCCGCCCAAAUAACACAAAAUUCCCGACUGAAUCCUGCCCGAGCCUGGGGGAACAAGGCGGCCUGGGAAGCCGUGGAGCGGACAGAGGCCAUCCUUGCAGCAUAAAUCUGCUCUCAAGUAACAAAUGCAGUGCGAGGACAAUGGAUGAGGAUGUCACCAGGCUUGCAAUACAUUCCGAAGAGCCUAAAAUAAUAAUCCACGGAUCGGAUGACGGUGGUGCCGGUGGGCAGGAGUUUGUUGUCGAGCUUCAAGAGACCGUGUUAGUUUCAGAGGGCGAGGGUGAAGGCAUGGCGGUUCACAGGUUUGCUCCAGACGAGCUAGUCAUCCAGGAUGCUGUCGAGGAUGUGGUUUCUGAGUAUGUGCAUGGAGAUGAAGAUGAGGAUGAAGAUGUUGCUGUAGAAACCUGUGUGAUGGCUCUAGAAGGCGAGGAGGAAGGUGUUGCUAUGGGAGACAUCCCGGAAGACGGUCUGGACCCUGAGCAACAGGAUGAUGACCAAGAUGGCUGUGGAGACUAUCUGAUGAUAUCCUUGGAUGAAGCUGGAAAAAUGGUGUCUGAGGAUGGAACAGAGGUGACGGUGGAAGGAGCUGUGGAUGAUCAUGAAGUGGAGAAGGAUGAAGAUGGACAAGAGGUGAUAAAGGUCUACAUCUUCAAGGCUGAUUCUGGAGAGGACGAUAUGGGAGAAUCUGUUGACAUCAGCGAUGGAGACGCUGAUAGCGUCGCCCUGACAGAGUCUACAGGUCAACCACUCAGAGAGAAGAUGGUUUACAUGUCUGUUGGAGAUUCUCACCACAAUCAAGGUAACCACGGUUUAGACAAUAGCGAGAGCUGUGAAAACAGAAACGGGGCCGCCAGUGCGCUGCUGCACAUCGACGAGUCAGACGGGGUGGACGAGAUCGGUAGACAACGCAAGAACAGGAGGCGGUCAGAACAUCGACAGGUCCAGACAGCGAUCAUCAUCGGUCCGUAUGGCCAGCCGCUGACGGUCUACCCUUGCAUGCUCUGUGGUAAAAAGUUCAAGUCGCGAGGUUUUCUCAAACGCCACACUAAGAAUCAUCACCAGGAUGUUCUGACUAGAAAAAAGUACCAAUGCACAGACUGUGAGUUCACCACCAACAAGAAAGCCAGCCUCCACAAUCACAUGGAAGUGCACGCACUUAGCAGCAAGGCACCUUUUGAGUGUGAAAUGUGUGGCAAGGAGUUCCACCAGCAAGGAGCGCUGUUCUCUCACAGACUACAUCACCACCACCGGGAGCCCAAAAACCAGACACCUCCUCAGCCCACCAAGACGCACAAGUGCAAAUUCUGUAACUAUGAAACAGCUGAGCAGGGACUGCUCAACCGACACUUGCUGGCCGUUCACAGCAAAAGUUUCCCUCACAUCUGUGUGGAAUGUGGGAAAGGUUUCCGGCAUCCUUCCGAGCUGAAGAAACACAUGCGCACACACACGGGGGAAAAGCCGUAUUCUUGCAUGUAUUGCGACUACAAGUCGGCAGAUUCGUCUAAUCUCAAAACGCACAUCAAAACGAAGCAUAGCAAAGAAAUGCCGUACAAGUGCGAGCGUUGUUUCCAGACCUUCACCGAGGAGGAGGAGUUAAUGCAGCAUGGACUAACACAUGAGGAGAACAAGACCCACCAUUGCGCCCACUGUGAUCACAAAAGUUCCAACUCUAGUGACUUAAAACGCCAUAUCAUCUCUGUUCACACCAAGGACUAUCCGCACAAAUGUGCCGUGUGCGGGAAAGGUUUCCACCGGCCGUCGGAACUGAAGAAGCACUCAGUCGCUCACCGCACCAAGAAACUCCACCAGUGCCGGCACUGCAACUUCAAAAUCGCUGACCCGUUUGUUCUCAGUCGCCACAUUUUAUCUGUCCACACAAAAGAGCAGCAGGCCUCACCUGAAAGGGUGGAGCCUAAGAGGACAGAGACACACACUCCUGUUGUAGCACCCAAAAAGUCACCUGCUAGCGGGUCGAGCAGUUCUGGUACACCUGCUAGAGUCAGUGCAGCCAGCUUGGCUAGCAGCGUGACGGUAGUUAUCGGCAAAGGACAAAAGGAGAGGAGAAUUUACCAGUGCCAGUACUGCGACUACAGCACCGGGGAUGCGUCGGGUUUUAAAAGACAUGUGAUUUCCAUUCACACAAAAGACUAUCCUCACCGCUGCGAGAUCUGCUCGAAAGGCUUCAGACGACCUUCGGAGAAGAACCAGCAUAUCAUGCGUCACCACAAGGAUGUGGUGCAGGCAGAGUGACUGACUGAGCCAGAACAAAGACCAAUGUUAAAGCGGUCACCCUACCUUGAUCACUGCAGCCUCAGCACAUGAACCACCUGGUGUGUGCUGCAUUUUAGUCCACCCGUUGGGUUUUUCUUCUAACCCCUCAUUUACACAGAGUAAAGAGCACACGCGCUCCAGUAUCCGUAUGGCUUCUGCCAAAAUCAUUUGAGUCCAAUCAGAGCAUUCACACCGGCCGCAGGUGCGGUGAUGAGUGUCCGGAGACGGAGCUCCAGAAAGUUUGCACAUGGAGUCUUUAUUUUUUUUUCGUGAUGCUGUAAAGUGUCAAAAAGUUAAAGAAAUGACACGAGACAGACGGUGAGUGAGACGUGGAACAGCAAGGUAAUAAAACCUGUUGUUUUUUCCCAGCUUUUUAAAUUAAUGACCGCAACGACAUUUCUGUGUACGAUAGUUCACAUCAUUUUUACAAGUAUAUUUUUAUGCAUAUCUAAUGCAUUAUGUCAAAUGUAGGGCUCUUGCUGAUGCAUUCAGCAUACAAACAGCAGUCGGUGUGAAUGGCUGUCCGUACGGAAACCGCACCGUUCCAUACUCGGUGUAAAUGAGGCGUGAGAGGUUCUGAUGCUAGUCCAGUGCUGGUUCUUUACUCCAGAGAAGAUGGACAUUCUACACAGGGUUUGUCUUUUUAUUACUGCAGAUCUUUACAUAUCACCAGUCUAUUUUCUAAAUCUGUAAACACUACCCCAAUCCACAGGGAUACACCUCGUCCAUAAAUGCCAGGUGGUGGUUUUUUAAAGCCUAUCAUGUUUUAAACGGGAGCUCUGUGGUGCUCUGACCUACUUUAACUACCUGAUUCUGGAUCAGUAAUGUUGUUAAAUGAAGUAGAUUCAUUUUUUUAAGUUUUUGUGAGCCCACAUAGCAUCAGCUUUCUGAUGCUGGAGCCAGAACUCCGAUGUGGAGCUAAGCUGGCUCUGCGUUGGUUUAGCAUCAGAACCAGUUAGAUGGAAAAGUCCCCUCUGUUGUUUUCCUCUCUUAACCUUUGUUCGUAAAUGUAAACACAUGUAUAUACCGUUAUUACGCUGACACUUACCAACCAAGCCCCCCUCCACAGGCUUGCACUUUUAGCUGCAUGUCCCCUGUUGGUGACAUUGUGCAUGGCAGAUUGCGCAGACGUCUUUUUGUAGAUACAUGUUUUUGGAUUUGGCAGGAAAUUCUCAAUCACAAAGGUCCUAAACAUUUGUCUUAAAAUUGAAGUUGUAAUUUUCAAAAAUAUUUCUUUUGCCAUUUUGUUAAAACAGUUGCCAAAUUCUGAGGUUUGGAUUAACGGUAGCACUUGUAUAAUUGAGUUUCUAUAUGUGUGAGUGUGAUCGAGCGCAUGAGGGACAGAAAUAGCCCACUUUGUCGUGCUUCCUGGUGCUUCGAUCCCAUCACUCUGUAACACGAGGCUUCUGUUGAGCUGGCUGUCCUCAGACACAAUCAGUCAUGGUUUGUUUCUUCCACAGGUGUCCAUAAUCAAUGAAUUACAGGUUUUUAAAACUAAGUGGACAUGUUAAUUAUGGUGCAAUUGUUGCCACAGCUGCUUGAUGUCCAAUAAUUCUGUUUCAUGUCUAGAUGUGCUUUGGAGAAAGCGUCCACAAUGCCCAAAUGACAGUAUUUUAACCAAGUGAAAUCCCCUCAAUUAGAAAUGGCAGAACAUUUCUAAAUGCUUGAUCUAAAUGGAAAAUAAACCAUAAAAGUGGUGCUGCAAGUAUGAAUCAAUGGACUGGGAUUCACCCCAUCACUGCUCUACUUUUGCCAGCAGAAAGGGAAAUGAUCAUUUUAGAUGCAACUUCAGAAGACAGCUGCUGGUGGCGUUCAUGUAUUACAGCUUAUGACCUUUGUCUUAACACCUGUGUUCAUUUCUGUUUUUAUAUUUAUUUCAUUUAUAACUUGUUGUAUAGUUAAGUGUAACUAGACUUCAAUGGGACGUAAAUUAUUGUUUUGUAUACAAAUCUGUACAAAGCGCGUAGAUGUAAACACUCAAAGGAAAUUGAACUGUGUUGUUUAUGGAUGUGCGUCAGCGUAUUUGUUAAAAAAGAUAAUAAAGCAAAGUAUUUUA